AUGCUCUUCGUAGCCGCCUUCGUAUUCGUAUACUACACGAUAUGGGCAUUAUUACUUCCAUUCAUCUCUUCCGACUCUACUCUUCAUUCUCUUUUCCCGGCCAGAGAAUGGGCCAUCAAACUUCCCUUGUUCCUCUUGUUAUCCGGUAUAGCAGCUAUAGGACUGUUCUUCGCUAGGGUCACAUUGAGCGAGGCGAGGAAGAAGGCUGCAAAGGGUGGUAAGAAGGUUUAA